CUCCCCGGUACUGUUUCGUUUCCUAAUUCAAAGGAAGUCUCCCCGGUAGAAACCCUUUCUCCUCAUCUCCUCUUCGAGAGGGGAGGUAGAGGUUACAGGAAGAUUCUGACGCCAUCGCUGCCCGGCCAGAUUAGCGCGUGCCCAAGCCCCGCCUCGCUUUACUCCCCUCCAUCCCGAAACCCCUGCUAAAGAGCCUGGGAGGCCCUAACCCAAGCCGCUCAGCUGGCACGAAGGUGCCCGCCUACGCCAGGGAGCGUCCUUCCUCUGCCCCCUUCUCCUCCUGGCUACCCCUACCCGUAGAAACCCCAGCGAAGGAACCAAAGAAACCUUGACUCCCCGGGGCACGAAGGGGCUCCGCCCUUGCCUUAAGCGCACUCCCUUUCCUCCCCAGCCUCGGGCCGAAGACGAACCCAGGCCCCGGGCCCGAACACCCAUGACAAGAGCGGGGCUACCCUCUCCGCUUCGGAGCGCGCACCGGGCCCCUCCGCGCCUGCCUCGGCCUUGGCUUCGGCUGGCUCGGAAGUUCGGACAGCCGUACGAGCGGGAAGAGGCCAAGAAGGAGAGGCCCAAGUUAGGCUGGGAUGGCCGCAGCCGCAGCCGGAGCCCGAGGCGUCCGAGAGUGGGGCCUGUGGCUUCUCCGAGCGCCUCCGAAACCGAUCUCAUGACGGAACCCAUUGUGAUUUCGGAUGACAGCGAUGACGAGCCUGACGGGCCUGGCAGAAUCGCCGCUGGCGGUGACCAAGCCUGCAUGUCCCGGAAGACCCGACCCCAAAACGGACACGGGACCCGAGGAGCUGUUGCAGUGGAUUUCAUAGAUUUAACCAAAGACACUGACCCAGUAGAGAAGACCUCCCCCAAUGAACACAGUGUGAUAGACCUGACAGGGAUGGAGGAAGAGAAGACUCUCUUUAACUCAGCUUUUGUGAACAGUAUGAAUCUACAUCUGGAUCUCUUCUCUUGUUCCCAAAAGAAGCAUCAUUCCCUUUCUGUGGCAAAUGACAACCAUCCCAUAAAAUGUGAGGUGGCGCAACAGAUUGAAGAAGGAUAUCAAUUCCUGGAGGAGGAAGUGUGUAACAGCCUAAUUUCUCAGGGCCCAGUUGACAGCACUGAAUUUGAAGAUGGCCUCUCUCCAGUAUCCAGUGGUGAGGAUUCUUUGUGUAGCUCAGAGAAGAACUGUAGUACAACUACCUUCAACAGUGAUCUGGGCUCUUUGGCAAGUUUACAGAUCUCCUCAGAUGUUUUCUCACUCUCUCCAAACAGCAAUAGCAGUGAUAGCAAUACCCAAAAUGUAUCAGUACCCUUCAUCCUGGAAAGUUCAUCUGACUCAUGUUCUAGAGACUGGCAGAAUAAAAAUAACUCUAUUGAUAGAGCUAGUCUACUCCCAAAAGACUCUUCUCUCCUUUCACAGUCUUCCUCCUCAGAGCAAGUUACCAGGGUUCCUGUCCUAGAGACCCAAGACAUGGCAGAGAAGCCCAUGCCAGUGGCUGCAACCCCAGAGCUUGUAGCAAGAAACCCACCACUGGUGGACUUACCCAGUAAACCAUGUCUGCCCAGAUUAAGAUUUUUCCUUAGACCUCCAGUGCAUCACCUCUUCUUUCAGGCAUUGAUACAGGACAAAGACAUCAAAGAGAAAAAAGAACAAAAGAGAGAACCUAUUCCCCAACGAAGACUGCGAAUGGUGUUUAGCACCAUUGAAGAGAACGUCCCACAAGAGACUUUGCAAUUCCUCAUGGACUUUGUGUCCCCCCAACAUUAUCCUCCCAAGGAGAUUGUGUCACAUGUCAUCAAGAAUAUCCUACUAGGUUCCAGAAGUAUGACUGUCAUGAAAGAGGCCUACAUGCUUCUAAUGAAAAUUCAACAGCUACAUCCAGCCAAUAUUGCCUCUGUGGAGUGGGACUGGAAGCUGCUCACAUAUGUCAUGGAAAAACAGCAAGGAAUAGCUCUCAUCCUACAAGUUCACCACAAGCUUUCCCUACAGGAGGAAGAGAUGCCUGGCCGAAUAUUCUUUUUGCGCUAUGUAGUGCAGACCUUGGAAGAUGAUUUUCAGCAGGUCCUGAGGCAUCAACAGCAUCACCUACAACAAUCCAUUGCAUGUACUAUGCUCUCCUGUGAUAAGCAGCCCCAGAACAUCAGGGACAUCAUCCAGUGGCUAGUUGGUGCUGUGACUAAGGGUGGGUUCCAGAAGGAAAACUAUCAACAGAUCUUUUCAGGAAGCCCCCAGGUCAAGAGUGGCAACCACCUACACCCACCUUUCCCUGGAAAGAGCAACAUUCAAUUGGUAAUUUUACAUCUUCAGAAGAUGCUGUCUCUGGCUGUUGAGGUUGACAGGACCCCAACCUGCAGCUCAAAUAAGAUUGCAGAGAUGAUGUUCAGAUUCGUGCUAAAUAUUCCUGAAAGGAGCCAGAGGGAAGUCUUCUUUACAACCAUGGAGAGCCAUCUCUUGCGCUGCAAAGUACUAGAGGUUCUGUUCCUCCACAGCUGUGAAAAGCCUACUUCCCUCCCACUGUCUCUCGCCCAGACCCUUCAUUUCCUCAACCAUUCAACAUCAUUGCUCAAGAAUCAGGCUGAUAAAAGCAAUUGGCAGAGUUGGGAUGAACUGGUUGAACAGCUGCAAUUUCUCUUAUCUAGUUAUCAGCAUGUGUUGACAGAACACCUGAGGACCUCAGUAAUUGAAAGGAAGGAUCUGAUUAUCAAAAGGACUAGGCCCCUCCUACAGGAGGGUGAUGAUAUCACUUCCCUGGAUGUUGAAGUAAAAUUUGAGGCUUUCCAAGUGCGACUAGCAGAAGAGCUUGGUGAGCCUCUAGUACCCCAGCUCCAAGAGAAGGUAUUCCUGCUCAAACUACUACUCCUUUGUGCAACCAACAGGAACUCCAUGCUUGAAAAUGGGCUCCAGUAGGGUAAUGGCUGAGAUCUGCCAGAGUGAUUGUUACUUACCUUUAGUGGCUUUUGCAGAAAAGGAAUUUAGUAGGUUACUAAAACCAAUACUGUCCACUUUCUUAAUGUUAAUAACUCAUGAACCUUUAUAGAAAAUUCAUUUUAUAGUGAAUUCAUGAUAGAUACCCCCCCAAAUGUGACUUUAAUAUACAAAUUAUAUUUUAUAAUAAAUUAUUUCUCAUAUUUGAAAAGAAUCUUUUUAAGGAACCUUACUAUGCUAAAGCCUUCUUAGCACUAAUCCUGCUAGCUGGUUUCUUAGGGAUGAAAAUCCUCUUCCCUGCCUCCUGCCAUUCAUAUGUCUCCCUAGAUUUGCUACCUUGUAGGACUUCAAACAAGUCAUUCUCCUUUCCAGAGGCCUUUAUUCCCUGUAAAUUGAGUGGAAUAAAUGAUCAGAGCAGUCCUUUGCAACUCUAAAGUAUACUAUCCCCUUAUAUAAAUUUUGCUUCAUCUUUACUACCAGUCUUAAACAAUAUGUACUACUAUUACUAAGACUGAAAAGAAGGAAAAGGCAGAGUAGAGUGAGGAGAGCUCUAGAUUAGUCAGAGGAUUGUGAUUGGCAUAGCUCUUGAAGGCUAUAUGCCAAUAAAAUAUGAACUGCCAGGCCCUACCUAGAGUGAAAGCAUCCAAGUUUGGGCCUCAUCAUUAAGUUGUCUACCAACUGAAGCUACAUAAUCAUGAAGUAGGAUACCUCUCAUGAAAACCAGUCACCAAGGUUUAAGAAUCUUAGAUCUUAACUCAGAUCCUCCACAAGCACAAAUGGAUGGGAGUAAAAUGACCAAGUUCUUCUAGAUUCCAGCCUCCUUUAAUUCCAUGAUCCAGGAUGUGUUCUAUCUGUAUAGCUUCCAAACCUUUCCGGGCUAUAGGUGACCAUUUUCUUAAGUUGAAAUGUACCUUUCACAUCCCUCCCCCUUGCCAAAAAAGUUUUUUCCUUGUUCACCUUUAGUGCUGAGCUUCAUCAGAUUUGGCUAAGUUAUUGUACUUAUAAUCCUUUAUACUUAGAUUACCCCCCUUUAAUGUAUGUAGCAGUCCAUAUCCAGGUCCCAGGAGUGGCAGCUAUAGGCCAAAGAACCACAGAAAAUAAAAGAUUUAAUCUGAA